AUGCUGCACUCCUGGACUAUCGGCCUUCUCCUGCUGACCACAGUCAGAGGAAAGGAGAUUUGCUACAGACCUUUUGGAUGCUUUUCCGAUGAAAAGCCAUGGGCCGGGACCCUUAAGCGGCCGUUAAAGUUAUUUCCCUGGGCCCCCAAGGACAUCAAGGCCCGCUUUCUUCUGUACACAAAUGAGAAUCCAAACAACUACCAACUGAUCAACGUCACUGACCUAGCCACUAUUGAGGCUUCAAACUUCCAACUGGACCGCAAGACACGCUUCAUCGUCCAUGGCUUCCUAGACAAGGGGGAGGAGAGCUGGCCCACUGACCUGUGCAAGAAAAUGUUUAAAGUGGAGAAGGUGAACUGCAUCGGUGUGGACUGGAAACAUGGAGCCCGGACGCGAUAUACCCAAGCAGUCCAGAACAUUCGCCUCGUGGGAGCGGAGAUAGCUUUCUUAAUACAAGGGCUGUCGACUGAGCUGGGCUAUGGCCUCGAGAACGUGCACCUCAUCGGCCACAGCCUGGGCGCGCACGCGGUCGCGGAGGCGGGCAGGAGGCUGCAGGGCCGCGUGAGCAGGAUCACAGGGCUGGAUCCGGCAGAGCCAUGCUUCCAGGGCACUCCCGAGGAGGUUCGGUUGGACCCAUCCGAUGCCAUGUUUGUGGAUGUGAUUCACACGGAUACUGCUCCCAUCAUCCCUUUCCUAGGUUUUGGGAUGAGCCAAAAGGUGGGCCAUCUGGAUUUCUUCCCCAAUGGAGGAAAGCAAAUGCCUGGAUGUCAGAAAAAUAUCCUUUCAACCAUCAUUGAUGUAAAUGGACUAUGGGAAGGAACCCAUGACUUUAUUGCUUGCAAUCACCUAAGAAGCUACAAGUAUUACUCAAGCAGUAUCCUCAGCCCCGAUGGCUUCCUAGGCUACCCAUGUGCCUCCUACAAUGAGUUUCAGGAGAAUAGCUGUUUCCCUUGUCCAGCUGAAGGAUGCCCCAAAAUGGGGCACUAUGCAGACCAAUUUCAGGGGAAAACCAGAGCUGUGGGACAGACCUUUUUCCUGAACACAGGAAGCAGCGGUAACUUUACUUGUUGGAGAUAUAGGGUGUCCGUCACACUGGCUGGAAAAAAGAAAGUGACUGGGUACAUCAGGGUUGCUUUGUAUGGAAGCAAUGGAAACUCAAAACAGUAUGAAAUUUUCAAAGGAUCGCUCCAACCAAAUACAAGUCAUAUGCAUGACAUUGAUGUGGACCUCAAUGUUGGAAAAAUCCAGAAGGUCAAAUUCCUCUGGAACAACAAUGCGAUAAAUCUCUUCCAGCCCAAACUGGGAGCCUCUCAAAUCACAGUGCAAAGUGGUGAAGAUAGGACUGAGUAUAAUUUUUGCAGCAACAACACAGUGCAAGAAGACGUUUUACAAACUCUCUACCCUUGUUAA